GAGCGAGGGGCUCCGCGGCGGGAGGGAGCCGUUCGCUGAAGUGGGCAGGAGGGAGCUGCGAGGAGGGAGGAAACGCGAGGCCCCCUCAGCGAGGUGGGCCCUUCCCCGUGUCCAGGGCCGCUCAGCGAGGUGGGCCCUUCCCCGUGUCCAGGGCCGCUCAGCGAGGUGGGUGCUUCGCCGUGUCCGGGGUCCCUCGGCCGGAGGAUGACGACGCAGUGUGCCCAGGAGAGCAUCUAUAACCUCCUGCCGCGCCUGGAGGAGAAGCCUGUCAAACCUCCCAGGUAUGUAUCCACAUUUAGACCAUCCGUGAAACGUGAAGCAGAGAAAAAUAAAGCUCAGUGGAAAACUAUGGGACCAGCAAAAGUUCCAGUGCCAUCUCCAAAAAAUUUUCUGCAGAAACAUUCAAAGGAACCCAACCUACCAGCAAGUAAGUCGUUCAAACAGGAUAGUAAGAAAUUGCCUGCAUUAUCAGUGCCACGGAGGACAGAUCACCCAGUUAUGGGAAUUCAGAGUAAAAAGAAUUUUAUAAAUACAAAUGCAGUUGCUGCUAUCACGGGAUUGCCUAAAAAGCCUCAACCUAUUUAUGUUGAUAGAAGACAGGGAGAUAAAUAUCUGCUUGAAACUUCAGGACUUGUUCCAAAAUAUACUAAAAAAAAGGAUUAUGGUGUUACACCAAAAUAUGUAACACGGAGAAAUGAAGAAAUGAAGAGAGCUCAGAAACAAUAUGAAGCCAGUAUCUUGGAGCAUCUCAAGAAAAGAGCCAUGAAACGGGUAUCUGAAGAAGAAAGGAGAAGUCUUCUGCAGGGGCUGAAAAAGAACUGGGAGGAAGCGUAUCGUGAAUUUCAGGGUCUUUCAGUAGAAAUAGACACCAUACCCAAGAAGAUAUAUAAAGAAAAGCUGGAAUCACAGAUGAAACAACUGGAGCAUGACAUAGAAGUAAUUGAGAAGCACAAAGUUAUCUACAUUGCAAAUGAGUAAGGACUGUUUUUCAGAUAUUGCCUCUUUCCUCCUUUUCUUUUUCUCUAUCCCUACAUCUCCAAGAAGCACCCCCCUAAAUUCUCAGAAGAAAUUGACACCGCCAACUAUUCAGAAGGAAAUGUUCAACUAAUAUAAGUAUGUAGCUUCUCAGAAAAGUAGUUACAUAUAGCUCUUAUCUGUAUAAUUCACAAAACAUUUUGAAAUAAAAUUCUUAAUUAAACUGUGAGUAUA